UCAAGGGCCAAGGCCUGGGCCCUGGACUCUGACCGCCCGGGCAGAGAAAUAAAAGCCGGCUGCAGGCAGGGCUCUCUCUUUCAGAGGCGAAGGGAGAAGCGGGCGCCAUGGCGGCAGCGAAGGGAGCCGAGGAGGCGGCGGCGAAGAACCUGUCUGUGGUGGUGCACAAACCGGGGGACCUGCGUCUGGAAAACCGACCAAUCCCUGAACCAGGACCUAAUGAGGUGCUUUUGAGAAUGCAUUCUGUUGGGAUCUGUGGUUCUGAUGUCCACUAUUGGCAGCAUGGACGAAUUGGAGAUUUCAUUGUGAAGAACCCAAUGGUAUUAGGUCAUGAGGCUUCUGGAACAGUAGUCAAGGUGGGAUCUGCAGUAACCAAAUUAAAAAAAGGUGACAGAGUGGCUGUUGAGCCUGGGGUUCCCCGAGAAACAGACGAAUUCUGCAAAAUUGGGCGUUACAACCUCUCUCCAACCAUCUUCUUCUGUGCAACUCCUCCUGAUGAUGGAAACUUGUGUCGCUAUUACAAGCAUGAUGCAAACUUUUGCUAUAAGCUUCCAGAUAAUGUUUCAUUUGAGGAAGGUGCCCUCAUUGAACCCCUUUCUGUGGGGAUCCAUGCUUGCAGAAGGGCUGGAGUGACUCUUGGGAGCAAAGUAUUCAUUUGUGGUGCUGGGCCUAUUGGGCUUGUGACUUUGCUUAUCUCUAAGGUAAUGGGGGCUUCACAAGUUAUUAUAAGUGAUUUAUCUGCCCCUCGUCUUGAAAAGGCUAAGGAAAUUGGGGCUGAUUUCACCAUCCAAAUAAAGAGUGAGAACCCUGAGCAAGUGGCCCAGGCUGUCAAAAAUACACUUGGUUGCAUGCCUGACAUCACCAUAGAGUGCACUGGGGUCCAGGACUGUAUCCAGACUGGAAUAUAUGCAACCCGUUCUGGUGGGACUGUGGUUUUGGUGGGUCUUGGGCCUGAGAUGGUGACAGUGCCCAUUGUGAAUGCUGCUGUGCGGGAAGUGGAUAUCCGUGGGAUAUUUCGAUACUGCAAUACGUGGCCAAUGGCGAUUGCUAUGCUUGCAUCAAAAAAAGUGAAUGUCCAGCCAUUGGUGACCCAUCGAUUUCCUUUGGAAAAGGCUCUGGAUGCUUUUGAAACAACCAAAAAAGGCAUUGGGAUAAAAAUCAUGCUGAAAUGUGAUCCUAAUGAUCAGAAUCCAUAAAAACCCCAACAACUUCCAAAACAAAACAGAAUGCUACAUCCUACUGCUAGUGAGGGUGGAAUACUUAGCAAAGAUUGGCUGAGGACUUAAAGAGCCUUAAAAUGAAAAAAUGAAAUAAAUGUUAAAACAGAAUUCUGUGAAACAUUAAAUUAAUGGUUUGUAGCCUUUUUGAUUCACAGCCCUCUUUGAGAAUCUGAUAAGUUAUAGACCCUUUCCCCAUAAAAAUGAGCUAGACACACAUUUUAAGAUAACAAAAAGGAAACUGAAGUGGAAAAAUGUGUCUGGUUCAGGGAUUCCGUGUCUUUUCUGGAAUUCUGGUUAUGAUUAUAUUGUGGAAGAGGGUUCUUGCUCAGUCUAGUUUUCUGUGCAUGUGGACAUUUUGUAUGGGGGGGAGCAUUCAGACAUAAAGUCCCCACUCAGAAACAGUUUAGCCCUGCAAAAUCUUUACUGCACAGCUAUACUGAUCGUGCAUUUUUGCCACUUGGGUUUUACCCCACUGAUAAUUUGCCUUACACAUACUGAUACAAACACAGACACACACACCACAGAGUGGCAAUUUUGGAACAAUUUUACACAAUAAGUAUUUCGUAUGCAGUGAGAACUAACUUUUUAGAAUCAAUUGAAAUCUAGCUGAAGGUCCAGCUUCCCCAACCCAGCAUUAUCCAACAGUCUUUGACUGUAUAAAUAUAAUAAUAAUAAUAAUAAUAAUAAUAAUAAUAAUAAUAAUAAUAAUAAUUUGUUCACCCCAAAUGUCUCCCCUGCUUCUGCCCAUUUUAAAUUUUAAACUUAUCUAUUUUAAUCCUAUAUAUUUUAAAUGUUUAAUUAUUUUAAACUGUAUUUGAUGUGGGUAUUAAGGUAAGGGGAUGAAAUUCUAAUUGCGUUAUGUAUUUGUUAAUGUAUUUUUGUAAACUGCCUUGAUCCUUUGGAAAGGCGGUAUAUACAUAAUAAUAAUGAUAAUGAUGAUGAUAGUCCCCCUCAUUUUGAGAAACCAUGUGGGAUUUGUAGCCCAACACUCAAAAGUGGACUACAGCUGUGCCAUCCUCUGCCAGCACAGUGGUUGGCCAUUGCUGGUUGUGGAUGAUGGGAGUCACAGUUGUGAACACACCUUAAAGGUACCAGAUUGAGAGGCAAUUGUCAUCCAUAACAGUUGUUUCAAUCUAUUUUCUGUGUUGUUUUUACAAGGGUUUUCUGUAACAAAUGUCCAUUGUGUGAAGGGAAUAGGGUUUUUGCUUGCUGAAAUCUGGACUACAAAAAUAUUAUCCUCUUCCAUAUUGUUCCUUUUAAAAAAAUAUGUUCAUUUUUUAAGAAAGGCAAAUGUCUGAAUAUGCCUAUUUCAGUCAUAGACUAUACAUUUAUAAGUGAUGCCUUUGGGUGUAUUUCAUGUUGCAAUUCCAUCAAAGGUAGAUAGCUCCUGGAGCAUUAUGAGAUGUGUGUGUCUUCAACUGUUCAUUACCAAUCAUUGAUUUUAAAAUGCUGGGACUCUACUUGUUCUGGUGCCAGUUGCUUUCUUAUGGAAAUGAAACAGGGAAUCUUUGGUUCUGUUGCACUGUGUACAAAUCCCUUGCAAUUAUAGUCACUGUGCUUGAAUGUUAUGCUUUUGAGCCCUGUGGGGAUAACCUAAGUCGGUGCCUUCCCAUGACUACUGCAGCAAGAGCCACUUCCUCCUCACAUUAUAGCCCUGAAGGGCAUGUUGGCAUGCCUCAGCAAGCAGCUAGCUUAAGAUGUGGACUGUAAUUUUGAAAUGCAAAAUUGGUAAAGGGGAUGACUGACUCCCAAAUCCUAGAUCUUCUACAAAGGCCUAGGACAGAAACCACUAACAAUAUAUUUUACUCACAGAGUCAUGUUAUACUGAUUUUGCCUUUCACUCAUCUAGCACUGUUCACAGAUGUAGUCUAAGCCAUCACAAGAAAUCAGAUUCAGAUACUGCCUGUCAGGGGAGUCUGAGGUAUUGCAUGGUUUGACUAUUCUGAAUACUGGGUAUGCUUUGAUUGGGAUUUCCUGCAUGGCAGGGGGUUGGACUGGAUGGCCCUUGUGGUAUCUUCCAACUCUGAUUCUAUGAGUCUAUUAUUUUGAUUUUGAAGAAAUGUUGUUUUGUUUCAAACUCAGGGUACCAUGCAAAUAAAGGAGUUCUGUUGA